CGAACAUGGUGGACGCGCGGUAUCCACGCUCUUAGCGCGGAUCGGUUCACGAGGAAAGAGACGGGGAGAGCGGGUGAGAGGGCGAGCGCAAGCGCAAUGAGCCAUGGAGUUGCUCUCGACGCACGCCACAUUGAAAGCUUGCGACAUGCCGCAAAGCCGCUCAGUCGUGCGCCAGCUCUCAUGCGGGUGGUAUCGUUUUCUCGGUUUCUCAUCAUUCCUUGUGGUGUACCGUAACCGCGAGCACGAAAAAGCCCGCGUAGGCGUGGUGAACGCGUUGGCACAUACGAACCACGCGGUUUUAAGCGAAGAAGAAACAAUCGCGUUUCUCUAAAACGAUCGAACAUUAGAUGCUCGUCUUCGUCCUCGAAAAUUGGAAUAGUCGAGGGUCACGUUUUGAUACUUGGACCAGUGUCAGAUCUCGGCUCGUCCGCACAGGAAAAUUCCCGACUUGCCAUACGAGCUCGUUCUCUCGUGGUAAAGUUUCACAGCGAUACGUUUGGCUCUCUCUCUCUGUCUUUUUUUCCGGACAACACCGUGACACCGAGAGUACGAGAGUACGCGUAAUUAUUAUUAAAAGAAAGUAAUAACAAGGAUUAAAGAACAAGAAUCGAUUUUACGAACGAUCGGAUAUCUACUCGGUAAAGAGUAGGAAAAAAAAAAAAAAAAAAAGAAGAAGGUGAUAGGACAGAAUUGCGGAAAGAUAUUACGGUAUUUGUGAUGUGCGAGUGAAGGCAAUGGAGUCACCAGUCAUGUACGAUUCAGCGGCCCAUCAGGCCCAGGCCCACGGUGCGGCCGAUCUUAAGAAGUCUCAGGUACUCAGCAACAACAACAACAACAACAACAAUCAUCAGAGCAACAACAACAAUAACAACAACGCUGCGAAUAACAACAACUCGGCUCUUCAAGUGAAUCAUAAUCACAGCCAGCAGCAAAGCGGUUCGGUGGUGAGCAAGGUCUCGGCGAGCAAGGCUAGCCUUCACCAACAAUACGCGGAACAUUGCGCCGCGGCCGGCGAGCUGACAGACCUGAACACACCCGAGAUAUCGUUAGAUCUGCAGCACCUGAUCGACGACAGCCACUUCAACGACGGCCUGUUGGACAUGUUGGGGGCGAACAACGGAGCGGUGAAGCACGUGAGAACGCCGGGUUAUCCACGCACAACGCUCGCCUACAUGCCGCAACCUGUCCACAGCGGAGCGAGUUAUCACCAGGGCAGCAACAGUUGUAGCGACAGCAACAGCUCGAGUUCCGAGUCGCCCAGCAUCAAAGAGGAACCAUUAGACCCGGCGGAUUAUCGCCGCCACUGCCCGCAAUAUCCGCCCGGUGGAUACAGCCCGGUCACGAACGGGCCGUUCGCGAACGGAGCGCCGACCUUCACCACUUUGACACCGUCCACGGUACCGGGUGGCCAUCCCGGUGCACCGGUCCAUCAACCACCGCCACGGGGCGGGCCGAUGAAACCGGUGAUGGCCCAUCAACACCACGCGAACACUGCCGCCGCCGUUGCCAGAAAACAGACGAAGACGAUCGACAAGGCGAGCGACGAGUACAGAAGGCGUCGCGAGAGGAACAACAUAGCGGUGAGAAAGAGCCGCGAGAAGGCAAAGGUACGAUCGAGGGAGACCGAGGAGAAGGUGAAGCUGUUGGUUAAGGAUAACGACCUGCUCAAGAAGAGGAUCGAACUGCUCACGGAGGAGCUCAACGUUCUCAGGUCUUUGUUCAGCAGCGUCGGAGUGGUACCGGAACAAUUGCACCGCGAGAUCUCGAGGCAUCUCGAUCAGUUCCAGCAACACGCGGUGGGACCCAUGUAGCGCACGACGUCAUCAUCCUCGUCGAGCAUCGCGGUGCCAUCGCGCCGCGCGUAUCGCGCCUUUCUCUCGUCCACCGCCGUCGACCUUCGUCCCUUCCCUUUCGAAUCGAUACCAUUGCGAAAGAGACGCGCCUCGAAACGACUUCCGCUUUCCGGAUGCUCGCCCGACGCUCCCUCUCGAUCCUUUCGCGUCCGCGUCAUCCGGGUAAAAGUAAAGAAGAACGUCCUGGAUCGAGCAUCGCGGCCGUUACUGCGUCUUUUGUCCCGUUCCAUCACGCGGAGAACGCGAGGUGCACGUGCGUUCCCUCGAGAGAAACGACACGCGGAUCGCGGACAGAAGAAAAGACGCGGUGGGAAUGGAAAACGGAGAGGAAGACGGAUCCUCGAGGAGAGGAGAAGGGAAAGAAGAAGCGAGGAAUAACAGAGAGAAGGAGGAAGAGGCGUGACUCGUUUGAAGAAGAGACGCUCGUCGGUUUCGCCCGAGGAGAAGCUUUUCGGCAGCUGGAGCUUACGUCGACAACUUUUCACGUGUUGGAAGAAAAGUGCCUCUGCUCAUGGCGAACUUUUAUUUACACCAAGUGCAUCGGACACUUUCUCUGUUCGUCUGUUAAUACGACGCGUUACAACAAUACGGAGAAAAAGAUAUGGAGAAAAACGGGGGGAGAAAAAAAAAAAAAAAAAAAAGCCACGAGCAAUUUCGAGAUUUUCGCGCAGCCGCCAUGUUGUUGCGACUCUUUUCUUUGACCCUUUGGAAUUUACGCGAGAGAUAAACGAAAAUUAAGAUUAAGGAUGGGCGAUCGAUUCGUCCGAUCUUCUUUGUUUCUUUUUUUUUUUCUUCUUCUUCUUUUUUUCGUGUCUAACUUUUAUUUUUUUUUUCUUUUUCUUUUUUCUUUUUUUCUCAAUGUACGUAAGACUGGGUGGUGAUCACCGCGUGUUUCGCGGGUUCGCCGCCUCAUUCGAUCGCGUAAUUCGCAACACGGAGAGACGCGUUGCGACUCUGAACAAAUCGCGCAUCGAUGUGUACAAACGCAUCAAUUACAUUUACAUACAUAUACACAUAUACACUUAGACACACACACACACACACACACACACACACACACAAAACGAUCACACCUAAGAGAAUAUUUGUAAUCAACGCGCGCAUACGUAAAUUCGCUCGCAUAAAUCUUCGAUUCUCUUAAUGUUAUAUAUUUUCGAUGCACCUUACUCCGAUCGCACAUACACACGUGCGAAGGAAAACACGCACACGUACAUUCAUAGAACAUACACACAUGGCAGAGUACAUAUAUAUGUUUACAUAUUGACGAUGCGAUGGACGCGAUGUACACGUGCACCGCGUUACGUUCAGACUUAUAGAUAUAUACAUAUAUAUAUGUGUGUAUAUAUAUAUAUAUAUAUAUAUAUCGACCGAUUAAAUUAGAUAAUCAUUCUCAUUACCAAGUACCUAAAAAAAGGCAUCAUACCGAGAUACCGUAAUUUUUGCGAAACAGUAUCGAAAUGAAAAAUAACGACGUUAACGCUACCUUCUCGAUUCGCGCAUCGUACUCUUUCUCGGCAGGAGUGAUGCGACCCGACCAACCGAGGAAAGGAAACGCGAACAACACCCACAUAUGCCCACAGAAAAAAAAAAAAAAAAGAAAGAAAAGCACACUCUUUAUCACACACGCCCUUGUAUUAUAGCUCUAUAUUUUAAUUUUAUUAUAUUCGAGAUGUAUGUACAUAAAAAAAAAAAAAAAAGCUAAUAUAUUUUGUUAGAGAAACGAAACGAAGCGGACUCGUGUUUUUUGCGAGAGAGAGAGAGA